GAGGAGCGCCAUGCUUCCCCCCCACUGCUGCAACCUAGCUAGAAAUCUCUCUCUUCCGCUAAUUUCUAGGGUUUCGAGAAGGCCAGUGAGCUUUUCAGUUUCCCUAUCGCAAGCUGCGAGUGUUUCCUGUGCAGCUGAGCGGAGCACCGCGAUUGAUCCCGCCGGCCGAGCAAUCGAUACUAGGGUUCUUCCCGGGCUAGUUUCCCGCAGAGGUAGAGGACAAAAGACACCAGUAGGAAAACGGAUUGGUUUCAGGUCCAAUUUCUCUUCAUGGGAGGAAUCUGCGGAGGCCUAUUUUUCAAGAAAUGGAGUAAAGUUGAGAGAUGAGAGGGAGGAUGGGUAUAGAAGAAGAAGAAGUUUGGGAGAUACAGAGUCUGAGAAUGGAGUUUCUGCGGAGGUGCGAGAGGAAGAGACUCAGGGGAAGCAGGAGCUAGUUUCCAAAUCUGCUGAUUCUCCUAGAUGGAAUCGAAUCAAGAACAUGCACAGAGAUUUCUCCGAUUCAAGCUCUCGAUCCGAGAAACCAUAUCUUCGCCGCUGGAAUAAGCGGGAAACCUGGAGCAAACCUAGAUCGAAAGAAGCCACGGAGACUUCUGUGCCUAAAAUGGUUGGUCAGUGUGUUUACGGGGUUGGUCCCGUUUUGGCCGCGCUCACGGCGGCUAGGAGAGAAUUUCACGCCCUUUAUGUUCAGCAAGGACUGGACAUCACUGCAGAAAACAGGAAGAAGAAGAAGAAGGAUAAGAAGGGAGUGGCGAAGAUUUUGAAGUUAGCAGAUAAGUUAGGGUUAACAGUCAUUGAAGCUUCGAAGCAUGAUCUGAACAUGGUGGUCGAGAAUCGGCCCCAUCAAGGUCUGUUGCUGGAUGCUUCCCCUCUUGAGAUUGUUGAUAUAAAGGAGCUGGAAGCUGUUGCAGGGACGGAUCAAAGAGCUCCUCUCUGGGUGGCUUUGGAUGAGGUUACUGAUCCUCAGAAUCUGGGAGCCAUUAUCAGAUCUGCUUAUUUCUUCGGAGCAGAAGGAGUUGUUCUCUGUGCCAAGAAUUCAGCUCCUCUGAGUGGAGUGGUUGGCAAAGCUAGUGCUGGCUCUCUUGAGCUGAUUGAACUAAGGUCCUGUAAGAACAUGAUGAGGUUCUUGGGGUCUUCAAUGGAGAAUGGUUGGAGGGUUCUUGGUGGAUCUGUGUCUUUUAAAGCUCUUUCUUUGCGCGAGGUUGAGGCUGGAUUGCCGACAAUACUCGUGUUGGGGAGCGAAGGCCAUGGGUUGAGACCUUUAGUGGAGAGGUGUUGUAGUCAGUUGAUCAGAAUUCCUGGAAUCAUGGCUGUGGAUGGUGUCAAU